GCCACCGCUUUGACCCUGGACAACACACUGUUCUGCUUCGCGAUUCUAAGCUUCAACCAGCGAGACCGAUGGCAGCUAAGAUAUUAUCCCCACAUCCCCACCCUCUUACUUCUCUCUAUCUUCCUGCCUCCAAGUUCAACAACAACAGGGGCUUCACCCACCAGAAACCAUGGCCUGGACAGGCUCGGAACCCCACCAAAGCCAAGAGGGUGGCGGUGUGUGUCUCCCUCCAGGAUGUCUUAUCUUCUGCUGCUCUUGGGGAACACCACAAUUCAUCUUCGCUCAUCCUUCUUGCAGAGAGCACGGGUUAUUCUUUGGCUAGCUACUAUACUUCAUUGGGUCUCUUUGUAAUCUCAGUUCCUGGCCUAUGGUCCCUCAUCAAGCGCUCUGUUAAGUCCAAGAUUGUGCAGAAGACGUUUAUAGGUGAAGGAGAAGGGAAAAAGGCACCUAAUCAGGUCGCAGGGGAAAUCCUAUCUUUCUUCACCCGCAACAAUUUUGUGGUGACUGAUAGAGGAGAGACCAUUACAUUUGAAGGCAUGAUGGUUCCAAGCAGAGGUCAAGCAGCACUGCUCACUUUCUGCACCUGCAUCAGCCUGGGAAGCGUGGCCCUUGUUCUUACAAUAACUGUACCAGAUUUUGGCAAUAAUUGGUUCUGGCUCACGGUCCUAAGCCCAUUGGCAGGAGCUUAUUACUGGAAACGAGCAUCAAGAAAGGAGCAGAUCAAGGUUAAAUUGGUGGUUGCAAAUGAUGGGACCCUUUCAGAGAUCACAGUUCAAGGGGAUGACCAGCAAGUAGAGCAAUUGAGGAAGGAGCUUCAGUUAAGUGAAAAGGGCAUGGUGUAUGUCAAGGGACUCUUCGAGAGGUGAUCAAGGUUUCAAUUUUCAAAUGAGAGAGAGAGAGAGAGAGAGAGGCAGAGAAGACGCAUAUGAGAGAAAGAAGACGGGGAAGAGAGGGAGAGAGAGAGGAGAAGAUGCAGAGACAAAUGAGAAAGAAGGAAGACGGAGAAGAGAGAGAGAAUGAGAGAUUGAGAGAAGAGACAUUUUUUUUGGAAUUAAAAAAAUAUUAUUUUAAUGAUAUAUGGAAGAUUAAGAGAAUUUAUUGUGGAGUAUAUUUGAUUAGGAAAGUAAAAAAUAGUUUUAUUACUUAAAUUUAGAAAAAAUAGUUAGAUAUCUAUCGCUAGCGGUCUUAAUACUGCUAAUGGCCGUGUUAAACCUGCAGGCCUGAAAUCAAGCAGGAGGAACCGCGAGGAGUAGUCUAUAUUUGGUAUUCUCUAUUUGUUCCAUGUUCUUAUGCUUGCAAUUUAAAAAUAAAUAUUUGUCUACAUUUUCAA